AUGUGUUCAGCAUCACUUGGACACCCACAAAUAUUAGAUCAAGGCUCAAUGGAAAGAGUCGAUCGUGAACCUGGAACAGCAAACACGAUACAUACAGCUGCAAGUAUCCAUACAAUGCGAUCUCAAAAUACUGGAGCGACAGCGCAAUCUAGGGUUCCUCCCCCAGAACGAGGCUAUCGCAAAUUGGCAACCUUCAUGACCGAGGUCGACGACGUUGUAAUAUUUCGACGAUUUUCAAAGCUAAACAUGCUCAACUUGUUGAGAUUACAAGCCGAACUCGCAGGUCUCGAGCUCAGUUACGAAGCCGCCUGCGAUAUUGACGACGACAGCAGUAAUCCACAGGAAAGAGGGUUCACGCAAAGCUUUUAUGAACUGCGGGAGUUUGGACAGAUAUCCCCCGGCUCACAACUGGAGCUGCUAGAUAGAAUUAAUGAUACGCUUCACAAGUAUAAUAGCGCAUUAUUACAAGUAUCUCAAGUUCUCCGGCUAGACAAGCCCGAUGAAUAUGACCUUGAAAGACUUCACGAAUGGUUGAGAGAUAAAGAUCGGGGUGCACUGUUUCUUCAUAAACCAGAGGAAGAAAUAUGGGGCAAAUUAUCAGGUUCGGAUGCCAAAAUUAAUACCUCAGAUCAAGUGACUCUGAUUCAGAGAGAAAGUGGGUUUUCGCGAGUGGUUGCUAUUACUCUAGUCUCUCUUUAUGAUCUUGUAUGGGGGCGUCAUCGAAAUAAAACCAAAAGAGUUGAUAUUGAACGGAAUCAAACGUAUUAUUCCGAGUCUAAUGUCAGAUCAGCCGCUAAAGUGCUCACUUCGGUCCUUGCUUCCCUUUUCCCGGGAAUUGUGAUAUUAGCAUUAUACCUUAUCGAUACCACGUUGAAACGAAUAGGCGCUAUGCUUUGCUUCACGACAUUCUUUGCAUUCGUCCUGUCAUAUUGGACAUCGGCGAAAACGAUUGAAGUGUUUGCUGCGACAGCUGGAUUCGUCGCUGUAGAAGUUGUAUUUAUUGGAAGUGCGAGCACAAAAUAA